GGCUGACCUGGCAGCCGGGGACCCGGGGAAGGCGACCCUGCAGAGGAAUCCCUCCCAGCUCCCAGAGAGAUCAGCUGAAGAGAACCGGCGCGCCGAUGGAGACUGCCGGCCUCGGUGUACGGGUGGGGAAACUGAGGCCUGGGCGCGAUGGGCACUGCCCAAGGUUUGAUAUGCAAUGAUUCUGGCCUGAGUUCCAGGAUGGUUUGUUCUUGGGACCAGACGUGACCAAAAGUUGACCUCAUGAGCACAUCAAUCUCUUCCGCUGCCAUGCUCCUCCGGAGGCUGCGGCGACUCUCCUGGGGCAGCACUGCUGUCCAGCUCUUCAUCCUGACAGUGGUGACAUUUGGCCUACUGGCCCCCUUGGCCUGUCAUCGGCUUCUGCACUCGUAUUUCUAUCUGCGCCAUUGGCAUCUGAACCAAAUGAGCCAGGAGUUUCUGCAGCAGAGCUUGAAAGAGGGGGAAGCUGCCCUCCACUACUUUGAGGAGCUGCCCUCUGCCAAUGGCUCAGUGCCCAUUGUUUGGCAGGCCACCCCCCGCCCCUGGCUGGUGAUUACCAUCAUCACCGUGGACAGACAGCCUGGCUUCCACUACGUCUUGCAGGUGGUGUCCCAGUUCCACCGGCUGCUGCAGCAGUGCGGCCCCCAGUGUGAAGGGCAUCAGCUCUUCCUGUGCAACGUGGAGCGCAGUGUGAAUCAUUUCGAUGCCAAGCUGCUCUCUAAGUAUGUCCCUGUGGCAAACCGCUAUGAGGGCACUGAGGAUGACUAUGGCGACGACCCUUCAACCAACUCAUUUGAGAAAGAGAAGCAGGACUAUGUCUAUUGCCUGGAGUCAUCCCUGCAGACCUACAAUCCAGACUACAUCCUGAUGGUGGAAGACGAUGCUGUGCCGGAGGAGCAAAUCUUUCCGGUCUUGGAGCACCUUCUGCGGGCUCGCUUCUCCGAGCCCCACCUCAGAGAUGCCCUUUAUCUAAAGCUCUAUCACCCAGAGAGGCUUCAACACUAUAUCAACCCAGAACCCAUGAGGAUCCUGGAGUGGGUUGGUGUAGGCAUGUUGUUGGGGCCCUUACUUACCUAUAUUUACAUGAGGUUUGCCAGCCGUCCAGGGUUCAGCUGGCCUGUCCUGCUUUUCUUCUCCCUCUAUAGUAUGGGGCUGGUUGAACUGGUGGGCCGGCACUAUUUCCUGGAACUGCGGCGGCUGAGCCCUUCCUUGUACAGCGUGGUUCCUGCCUCUCAGUGUUGUACCCCAGCCAUGCUCUUCCCUGCCCCUGCAGCCCGCCGGACCCUCACCUACCUGUCGCAGGUGUACUGUCAUAAAGGUUUUGGCAAGGACAUGGCCCUGUACUCACUGUUGAGGUCCAAGGGAGAGCGGGCCUAUGUGGUCGAGCCCAAUCUGGUGAAACACAUAGGGCUCUUCUCCAGCCUCCGGUACAACUUCCAUCCUAGUCUGCUCUAGGGAGCCAAGAAAUGCCUCUCUGGAAUUGGCCACUUUUUAGAGAUUCAAAUAUUAUGCUCUUUAUUUAGACACGGUUGCUUGCAGAUAUUUCCUUGUUUAAUGUUGCUAGGAGGAAAGGCACUGGGACAGCUGAGGAACAUACGGAAGUCAACAACCUUGGCUUUGGUAACCUCCUGGCAAGGGCAGCAGUUUGCCACAGCCCCGGACCUCUCCUUCCACACAGCCACACUGCCUCAUGCAGUCUGACCCACCCAGGGAGGGCGCAUUUACAUACAAGUUAUGUUCUCUGAUUGUUUUAAGCUUCUCUUUGUGAUGGAGCUUGUGACUGCCAAAAAUCUUGUGCACAGUGUUAUUAUGACUGAUUUAGAAUUUUAAGUAGAAUUUGGUGAAACAUAAGAUUCUUCUGAAUUGGUGUUUUUCCUCAUUGGGUAUGAGAAUGAAUGUAUGUUUAGAAUAUAUGCCCAAAGAGGCAGGACCAGUUCACUUAUUUCCUUAACUUGGUGUAAUAAAAACUGGUGAAAGCCAUGCAGUGCCCAGCAUCUUGAAGGCAGGUGAUCUGGCUUUUCUGUUACCUUGCGUUUUCUUUUCCGAGAUCAGACGAGAUCGGGCGUUCAGGGUGGUAUGGCCGUAGACUCUUUUCCUGUUGAUCUCUAGUACACUGAUAAUCCAUACGAUUAGUGAGAACUUGAAGGCACAGCACAAUCAAGUCUUCUGAAUCAUCACAUUGCUUAUGUCUGAUAGUGAUUUAGUAUUGAAUGAUUCUUUCCUAUGCUGAUUCUUUGACAGCUGGACAUUUCAGAAGGCUAUGAGUAAGGUCUUUACUAGUAACAUUACUUUUUCCUAACUACUGGCUAACUGUUCACCCUCAUCUCUUUUUCUUCUAGGAAACAUUAUAGAAUAAAAACAUUGGCUGUGAAGUCAGAAGAUCUGAACUUUUAUUACAGAUCUCUGCCAUGUGCUGAUUAUGUGACCUUUAGCAAGUCAUGUAACCACUCUGGGUCUCAAAUUUUUCACCUGUAAAAUGAGAACAGUAAUACCUACCUUUUAAAGUUGUCUUGAGGAUUAAAUUACAAAAUAUGUUUAUGUUUGGGCUUCACAAGUGCUUAGUAUGUAGUGGAUGCUUGGUAAAUUUCUCCCCUGUAAUAAGCACAUGAAAAUCAAGUGUAUUUAAAAUUUUUUUUAUUUAA